AUGACCACACAAAGCUCGCAAUUCCAUUCCGAGCAGCUGCUAUUACCAGUAGUCCUACUCCUUCUUGUAUCUGCGGCAGCUAAUCACAUGCUCAUGGCUGCCGCUGCUGAACAGCAACAUCCGAUGAUCACACAUCCGGGUUGCCGGGAUAAGUGCGGCAACAUCAGCAUCCCCUUCCCAUUCGGCAUCGGGCCUGGCUGCUCCCGCGAGGGCUUCGAGGUAUCGUGCGACGACUCCUCAACCCCCCCUCGGGCCUUCCUCGCAAACGACUUAGCAAAUCAGUAUGUAUGUGAGGGCUCCGCCUCUGAGCUCAUUGGCGACCCACAAAUUAUGAAAAUCCAGGUUUCAUCCUCACUGCCGCUUGAGCUCGUGAGCAUAUCAGUUGCCACGAGCGAGGGUCGUGUAUACGGCGGGAUCUCGUACCUGUGCAACUCAGAUGAUACUAGUGGGCUGUUUAAGGUUCACUCCAUGAAUCUCCAGGCCACCCCAUUUAGCGUGUCGGGACCCCGUAAUGUUCUCAUAGCUGUCGGUGGGAGGGCCGAACCAUUUCUGAUGAUCAAUGAUCGGGAGCGUUCCGCCAAUGGCGUUAACCAUUUCUUCUGCCGUUCAGACAUCCUGCAGGAGGAUUUCGUUGGGCAUGUGACAAACGGGUCAUGCACCGGGCGGGGCUGCUGUGAGACCCCCUUUCCCCCGGAGGACAGAUCCGUCACAGAUUCCCAAAUGAGCUUCGUUGUCGACAACAACACUAUGCCGGUUAUCGACGUCCCAUGCUCGUAUGGCAUGGUGGUGGAGAAGUCAUGGUACAACUUCUCGGCGCCAGACAUGUUUGGUGAAAGGGUGUUUGCUGAAAGACUCCCCGGGGGCGUCCCCUUGGUGCUCGAUUUCGCCAUCGAGGAUGCUUCAUGUCCCGCGGAAGGCCAGGAACCGCCUUCCGACUAUGCAUGUGUCAGCAGCAACAGCUCUUGUGCCAAUACAGCCACUGGCUAUGUGUGCAAGUGUUGGAACAAUUAUGAGGGCAACCCUUACAUCAGCAACGGAUGCCAAGACAUCGACGAAUGCAAGCUCCCCGAGCGGUAUCCCUGCUCGAGUGAUGGGAUCUGCAAGAACAGGCCAGGAGGCUACGAGUGUCCAUGCAAAUUUGGAAUGAAAGGCGACCGCAAAGAAGGAACCUGCACAAGCUUAUUCCCCCUAGCAGCAAAGGGGACUCUGGGUGCAAUAGGUGUUAUUCUUAUCAUGGCAGUCCUAUUAUUCCUUAUUAUUCUUCGCAAAGAGAAAAGGAAGAAUGGAGAGUUUUACAAAAAGAACGGUGGGCCUACAUUAGAGAAGGCAAAUAUCAUAAAGCUUUUCAAAAAGGAGGAGCUCAAACCUAUUUUAAAGAGUAAAAAUCUAAUAGGAAAAGGUGGCUUCGGUGAAGUUUAUAAGGGCCUUCUCGACAAUAAACUGGUUGCAAUAAAGAAGCCAAUUAAUGGUAGUGUGCUAGAGAAUGAACAGUUUGCAAAUGAAGUCAUCAUCCAAUCCCAAGUCAUCCACAAGAACAUUGUUAGGCUGGUCGGUUGUUGCCUAGAAGUUGAUACCCCCAUGCUGGUCAAUGAGUUUAUCUCCAAUGGUAGCCUUCAUGACAUUCUUCACAACAAUAAGGAAAAGGUUGCUCUCAGCUUGGAUACACGGCUAAGUAUUGCUGCACAGUCAGCAGAUGGCCUAGCUUAUAUGCAUUCCAAGACCAAUAUUAAAAUUCUACAUGGUGAUGUUAAACCAGCAAAUAUACUCUUGGAUGAUAACUUUGUACCAAAGGUUUCAGAUUUUGGCAUAUCUAGGUUGCUUGCGAGAGACAAGGAACACACAGGAUCAGUCAUUAGCGACAUGAAUUAUAUGGACCCAAUAUAUCUUCAAGAAGGCCUACUCACACAAAAAAAUGAUGUCUACAGUUUUGGUGUUAUGAUCUUAGAGCUCAUAAGCAGGAGGAGAGCCAUGCAUUCUGACAAUAGUAGCUUGGUAAAGAAUUUUCUUGAGGCUCUUAAGAAGCAAAAGAAAUCAAGCGAGUUUUUUGACAAGGAAAUUGCAAUAACAGAAGAUUUGGAGCUUCUUGAUUGCCUCGCAGGCAUGGCCAUGGAAUGUCUUAGCCUUGAUGUGGAUCAAAGACCAACUAUGAUGGAGGUGGCCGAGCGGCUCCUCAUACUGAUUCGAUAUCGUGAGUUUUGA